AACAGUGACACGCACCCAUUGGCCCAUCCUGAAUUCCCACAAUGCAUAGCGACUGGCGCCGAUCAGUGCUGCUGGCUGUGCCCGAACGCACCCACUGCCUGAUCUGGUCAUCCACUUGGAAGGAUCUCUUCUUUUGUUGACUCUCGUCAGCGCCGUUAAAUAGUUAGUCUCUCUCGGUCAUACAUCGUGGAUGAUAAGGAUGGCCAAGUCACCCUCUUCAUUCCCCUUCCCAACAGCUGACUCUCCACCGAAGCCCUCACCUUAUCCUUUCUUAUAUAACAAAUAUCCUGAACUUGACCUGUCUGGCCUGGUUGAUUGUGAUCCUGGAAAUUAUCCUAACCGCAGAGGACAGGCUAGAAAGCAGGGAACAACGACAAAUGCAUCUUUCAAUAAUACAGUGGUCAACGUGGUAACACCAGAGAAUAAUUCCAGACCAAAUAAUUCAACCCAGCUACCAACCGGGAGUCAGUUGAAGACAGCUGUUCCUGUCUUGAGUCAGGAGGCAGAGUCCUCAGUGCUCCAUGAACAUCUGUUCAAUUUGGCAGGGGUGGAGCUUAACAGUACUCUAUGUCUGAAGGCCGAAAUUCAGGCACUGCAGGUUGCAGAAUUUCAAUCUCAAAAAGCUGUUGAAAAGACACUUAAGAAUUCAGGAAGGACUAAAAAGCUGAUCGACAGCAGAGCCACUGAAGGAGUUAACAUCACCCGUUCGAAAAUUCUCUUCAACUCACUUGUCAGUGUCCAAGUGCCAGAGGACCAGCUAGUCAGUCGAACCCAACAGCUGACACCAUCAUCUCUGCACCAGGGAGAGAAGGAAAAAGUUACUCCCUCUGACCUCUUCUUAAAGACUUCUGACCUGUUCAGACAGCUGCCCAUCCCACAGAAAGAAUUGUCAUUGCCUGAAUAUCUUAACUGUACCCCUUUCCCUGCUUUAUCAACCUUUGACCUGCAUGUCCGGCAAAGGCGUUGGGAGUCUUAAUGAUGUGACAGGUUUCAUGUUCUUGUUUCCUUAAGAUUUGAUUUCUCAAAGUUGCUUCAAAUUGUCAGAGAAAUUUUCAUUCAAUACGUGAUAAGUAUUAUAAUUUGUACCGCGUGGCAUUGAAAUGACUGACAUCUGGGGUCAGUCGACAUUGUUCUUCAAACAAUACUUUGCUCAUAAUCUUUUGAUGAAUACAAAGCAGCAUUUGAUGAAGACUGUAACAUGAUAAACAAUGUUUGAAAUAAAUUAAAAUGUAAUAUUUAUAAAAUGUAUAGUUUGGAUAGCGGUGUAAACAAUAUUACAAAUAUUGUAAAGGCACCAAGCUACACGACUACAUCUGCAUAUCAAAGAAUCAUAAGUCAUCUAAAUUGUGCCAAAAAGCAUCAGUUUCCCCGCUAGACUCAGACCAGGAAGUAAGUCUGGAAGUAAAAAAAAAGAAGGUUGAUAUCAUAUAAUAAUAUGGUUAUUCAUUGACAUAAGGAGCAUUUCCAGGUUUUUUCUUUUGCGUCCUCUGCUUCUUUAGUCCUCAUCGACAGACAUGAGCUGUGGAACCACUUAACACAGCUAUCGCGUUGCAUCUGAUUGAAAAGUUAUCCCCCCCACUGGUAUGAAUACAUUUCUCCUUAUUUGAUUUAAAUUAUUGUUCCUUUUACUCACUCGUAUCAUAGUGGCUGUUCCUGCUGGCCCUGGUGGCUUGAAGUUAGUGCACAUGAUGCAGACAUUUUGCUCAUCUAAGACUUACAAAAAAACAAAACAAAGGAAUAUAAAAAUAAACUCAAAAUAAAACACACAACACAACUAUUUUAGGAUUAGGUGUAUACCAUCUAUUUGGCAAUGUGUUAUACAGUUAUUGGUAAAGGUUAGGUACCAGAUGCUUCUAGGACUUGAGGAGCCAGGUCUCUCCUCUCCUUCUCUAUUUUUUUUUCUGGAGGUGCUGAAGUCUAUUUCAGGGAUCUCUGGGAAAGCCUAUAACAGCGAUUUUGCCAUCUAAACACCAAUAUCCGGUUUGAUUGAGGAGGGUAUAAAAAAAUGAAUGAUCCCAUGAACAUUAAUAAAUUGUUUAUCUACACCACAGUUUGCACAUUUACAUUUGACUGUUGACAACAUUUGAUUGAGAGAAAAAAUAAAACUAUACAUUUCUCACUACCAUGAGACACAACAAUCAUGCCACAGCUGCUUAUAUUUUUCUGCUUUGGAUGCAAGAUAGUCCCUCCAUCCCAUUUGUUUGACACACAUUCUGUUUUAGCGUGGCAUGUCCUCAUUGGGACGUACUCCCUGAAAAAGUUCAUAUUCAUCAGAUUAAAAAUUCAAAUUCAUGACCAUCUUAUGCAGGGAUUUUCAUGUCUGUCUCACGGGAAAACAAUUACUUAUCGCCACCGUGUCAUCUUGACACACGGUCCCCCCGUGUUGUACGCCUUCUCCAGAUCCUCAAGGCACAAUGGAGCUCCUUCUGACCUUCUCUGUACUUCUUAAUGAAGGCCCUCAAAGCAAAAACUGCAUCAGUGGUCUUUUUGGCAUGAAGCCAAACUGUUGCUCACAUAUACUAACUUCUGCCCUUAGUCUACUUUCCACUACUCUUUCCCACGACUUCAUUGUGUGGUUCAUCAACUUUAUCCCUCUAUACUUGCCACAACACAACAUCUCCCUUGUUCUUGAAGAUGGGCAAGCACACACUUUCCCCCCCAUUCCUCAGGAAUCCUGUCACUCCUCAAAGACCUUGUUAAAUGAGUGUCAAAUUUCCAUAUACUGUAUAACCGGAGGUAUUGCAGCAUGCACAUUGGUGGUGUUGGUGUUUGCCAGGGCUCUCAGGUUUGAAAAAUAGUUCCUUUCUUUGAUUUCCUCAUCUCACGUUCCUCACUUCUCUGGCGUGAAAUUAACUCUUGUACCUUGCCACUUUUAUGUGCCCGACUACUAUCUCAGGAAGGACGAGCUCCCUCAUCAGCUCAACAACUUCAAAGACGUUGUCAAGACAAAUGAGGUGUUUCCCUUCAAGAAUGCAUUAAAGUGAGUUCCAACACUUCCAUGAAAUUCCCAAUAUCAAAUUGUCCGAAGUGUAGUGGUGUGACAGAGCACCACUCUCCACAGUUUGGCAUGCAGGUGGCUCGCAGAUUGGUGGACAAAAGAAAAAAAAAUGUGCAAGACCCAGUAAAGGUAGUACAACAGUGGUAAUACAUUGACCAUCACCUACCAUUUCAAGUGGCAUCACCGUGGUUUGUCAGUGCCAGGACCGUUCCUGCCAAGAUGCAGAGUGCUCUCAUGCAGUCGGCAUGAGACUCACAAAUUUCAAACAAAUUAAUAAACCUAAUAGCGGCAGGGGCACAUUGUGUCCACUGUAGCGCUCUCUACAGACUUUCAAGGCUAUGGAAAGACCAUUCAUGCCAGUUCCAUGACAGCCACAAAUCUGACUGGAAUUGGCAGAGAGUGUCAGAUCAUAAACAUCUUUUAACGAUGUUGAAAAAGGUGUCAUGCUUUAUUUUGUGCUUUUAGUUGUUUUCACAUACUGUAAUUCUAAUGCUUUUAACUGAUUUUGCCCAAAUUGAUUUUGGACAAAAUUCUAUUUCUUUUAGAAAUGUAAAAAAUACAAACACAAAAAUGC